AUGGAUGUCCUCUCGACUAGCACCCCCAACGGGGAUCCUGGACCUACAGCGAUAUUAGAGCCCGUGGAUCCCCUCGACGUCCUCGAACAUAUUGCCAAUCUGAUUGAGACUACACUGGGUGCUGCCAGGAGAGAGCUCGAAGCAGUUGGCAGCCUUUUGUCCAAAGCCAGCCGUCCCGAAUCCCUCAACAAGUGUGCUCGAUUUGCCACAGAUCCUCAGAUUACUCUCUAUGCGCAAAAGGAUGUUCGGGAAGAAUUGGUUAAUGGUCACGAUGACACCCCAAAAAUCGAGCAUCGAUAUACCCUCUCAUCCGAGUUGUCCCCUGCACAAACGACUGUUGCCACGAUCGCCUUUUUGAAACUCUCCGGCCCUCUCGAUGCACGGAAGUCGAUAGCCAGUCAGAUUCAAGUCUUCAAUCUCCCGGGCUCCUACAACAUUGGUGGUGAAGCAAACACCGGCGGAGACGUUAUCUCACCCUACGAAGUGGUCUACUCGCUCCUACACAACGUUCUCAGCCCAUACUUUGAGGCGUACACCCGGCAGCGUGGCUCCAUCAACCGAAACUGGUAUGACCCCCAGGCGAAAGGGGGUAUUCCUGGUGCGAAGAGAAGGAUUGCGGAAUUGGAAAUGAGUCUCCUGCACCUGCAGCAAAACACUGAUAUCCCGAUGAUACACUUGCCCAUGCAUGAAGUGGUGAUGGGAGCCGUACAAAAUGCCGAAGCACAAGGAUUGUCCCCUUCUGUGCAAUUGAUUCCGGCUCACGUCCUUGAGAAUACCACCGUUCUGAACAGCAUCCAAAAUCAUGUGAUUGGGUGGAUCAAGUCAAUACAGAAUAUCACCAAACUGACCAAAGAUGUCAAGGAUGCGACACCCGCACAGACCUCUGCCGCGCAGGAAAUCAAUUUCUGGUUGUCAUUGGAGGCUUCGUUGAAUAAAUUAGUGGAAGAAAUAAGUCUCGACCAUGUCCGUUUGACGUUGGAGAUUCUCAAGAAAGCCAAGCGGCAACAGGCGGUUGUCAGUUUUGAAACCGACACCGGCUGGAGAGACGCCCUCGAAGUCGUGCGGAACUACAACACGCUCAUGAGGGACUUUCCCCUGGAUGAACUGUCUUCUGCAACGUCAUUCCAGAAACUGGCAGAAGCUCUUGUCCUAAUCUUCAAUCAUCUGAACAAGAAAUGGAGGGUGUGCAACUACCCCAUUCGCCGAGCACUCAGGCUGGUGGAGGGUAUCUCGGAAGAUAUGAACGCUCAGAUUCUUCGUCUGCUUCAAGGCCGCUCGAUCAUGUCACUCAGCUGGGACGAGUUUACCGACCUAAUGAACUCAGUCAACCUGGUCUGGGAGACUUGGGAUGAUCAGAUGAAGAGUUUCACAGCUGUUGCCCGGGAGAUUACAAGGCGCAAAAACACCGACUUUGUGCCCGUGAAGAUAAUUCCACGACACGCUCAAACUCAAGAACGACUGCGGUACGUCUACCGCUUUCGGAACGACCACGAACAGCUACGUCGGACGAUAAUCAACGUUCUUGGAUCCAAAGCCCACACAACGGACUCGACUCGACCAGCCGAUGAUGGUGGAGCUGCUAUCAUCGAGGAACUAGGAGAUGUGGAUGCCGUUGAGGAAGUUGCUGGAGCCUAUGACAUUGUCCGCCAUGUGGAUGUGUUAGAUGUGUCUCCGAAGGGGACAGAAAUUUGGGUGCAGGCUGAAAUGCAGUAUACUGAACGCACAUCUCGGGUGGAGGAUUCAAUCAUCACUAGGCUCAGAGAUCGGUUAGGCAAAGCGAAGACGGCAAACGAGAUGUUUCGAGUGUUUGAAAAAUUCAACGCUCUACUGGUCCGCCCCAAGGUUCGGGGCGCUAUCGCCGCAUAUCAGACCCAGCUUCUGGACAAUGUCAAGAACGCUAUUGCUUCCCUCCACGAGCGAUUCAAACAGCAGUACGGUGGCUCCGAAGCACAGAUGAUGGCUCAACUUCGCGACAUCCCUCCUGUAGCAGGGGCAAUCCUGUGGGUCCGUCAAAUCGAAGCACAGUUAAACAAUUAUAUGUCCAAGGUUCAAGCGGUCCUGGGAGAAGACUGGAUGCUACAUACCGACGGGGAGAAGCUCGAAGCAGAGAGCAAUCUGUUUCGCAAGAAGCUAACAACCAGGGAUAUCUAUGAGGCAUGGCUUAGGGAUGUUCAAGCGAGGGACAUCUCUGUCACCGGCAGACUGUUCUCUAUUUCUCGGAGUCGUACAGCUAAUGGUGCCAUGGAGCUCAUUGUGAACUUUGACAAUCAUGCCAUUUCCUUGUUCAAGGAGGUCAGAAAUCUGAGUUGGCUAAACUACCAAAUUCCACAUCGGAUAGCGACAACCGCCAAACAAGCUCAGCGUGUAUAUCCAUACGCUUUGAGCCUUAUGGAGAGUGUUGCAGGGUACUUUUCCGCAGUCCGAGCCAUUCAAGAAAUGCCCAAUAUUGCACCUCUGAUGGCCGGGUAUGAGAAGGAAGUGCAGAGUCUCUUUGCCACCGGCAUCAAACUCCGCUGGGACUCUUUCAUUCACUCUUAUGAACUCCACAUCAAAGGGAAAGCGACUACAAAUGACUCGGCUCAUGUGCAGUACGUCCGUGAUUUGGCUACAGCGGUCACAACUCUGCAAAGCAAGACUGCGACUGUGCGAAGCCUCGACCAAAGCAUCCAGGUUGCUCUUUCUGAGAUGAAGAGCUGCCCUUAUACAGCCAAGAAUUUCCAGGCCCAAAUGGACAUCAUCCAGAAUGCUGUGGACAAGAUGAAUCUGGAGAACUAUUCAAAUCUCUCUAAUUGGGUCUCGCAGCUGAACUCGCAGUUGCGCCACAUCUUCGAGGAACGACUACGAGCUGCUCUCAGGUACUGGAUUACUUCUUUCACCUCCACAGACGAACAAUACCCAGUCUCAGAGGAGUCAAUCCAUCAUGUUCAGUUUCCCCUUACACAAAUCGAGAUCAUGAUGAAUAACCAGACAGUUUUCGUCGAUCCACCUCUCAACUUUGUCAAGGCUUCAUGGGUGCUCCAGCUAGAAGACUGGUUGGAAGUCUUGUGUCACUUGCCUCAGGUCAGAGCUUCUCGAUACUCGGUGACUGCAGAUAUCGGUUCACCGCAAGCAUCCCCUUCAUUCACAGAUCUACCGCUGCAGAAUGUUGAGGUUCUGCAGGCUGCCUACAACGCCAUCGACACCAGAAUUGAAAAUAUGGCGGUUUACCUUGAGGAGUGGUACACCUACCAGAAUCUGUGGGAUCUCCGGAGCGAUCAGUUACAUGAAACCCUGGGUGAUGAUCUCGCUCAAUGGCACCAGCUCCUACAAGAAGUUCGACAUGCACGUUCAACGUUUGACACCUCCGAGGGACGCAAGAGCUUCGGCAGUGUGGUCUUCGAUUAUGAGCAGGUCCAAUCGAAGAUUACACAGAAAUAUGAUCAAUGGCAAUAUGAGAUAACCAGCAAAUUUGGCGGCAUUCUCGGCAAUCGUAUGGCUGAAGUGUACACUGAUAUGAAACGAUCACGUCUCGAGCUCGAAAAUCACUCCUUAGAGGCGUCAUCCACUGCACAAGCCGUUGCAUUCAUCACCAUUGUCCAACAGUGCAGACGAAAUGCUAUAAUAUGGGGUCCUGAAGUCGACAUCUUCAGACAAGGCCAGACAACCCUUUCAAGACAGCGGUACAAUUUUGCUAGUGACUGGCUUUCUGCAAACCAAGUGAGCGACGAAUGGGAUGCUUUCGAAGAGAUAUUGAAUCGCAAAAGCAAGAUUGUUGAAGAUCAGACGGAUGCGCUACGGGCCAACAUCAUUGCAGAAGACCGCGUUAUCGGCAGCCGCAUAGCUGAUGUGGUUGCUCAGUGGACGGAGGAGAAGCCAGUUUCCGGAACAAUUCCACCUGCAGAAGCUGCUGAGCUCUUACGUGUCUACCAAACUCGCAUGGAGAAGUUGCAAGCGGAAGCUGAAACUGUCUCGAGAGCGAAAGAAGCCCUUGCGCUGCCAUCUUCUCGAGAUGAUUCUUUGACUGCCGCCUUGGAAGAAGUGAACGAUUUCAAGUCUGUCUGGUCCGCCCUGUCUACGAUAUGGGAAAGCAUCAACGAGCUCCGAGAGAUGCUAUGGACUAGCUUACAACCACGAAAGCUUCGUCAAUCAUUGGACGGAUUAGUGAAGAUGACGAAAGAGAUGCCCAGUCGAAUGCGGCAAUAUGCAGCUUUUGAGCAUGUCCAGACGGUUCUCCGCCAGUUGAUCAAAGCAAACCCGCUACUGAAUGACCUCAAGUCGGAUGCCAUUCGAGAAAGACAUUGGCUAAAGAUCUACAAAGCCUUGAAGCCCAACAAGAGAUAUUCUGAGGUGUCGAUGACUCUCGGGGACGUCUGGGAUCUUCAGUUAAUCACCAGCGAAGCAACUAUCCGGGACAUCAUCGUCCAGGCAAGAGGAGAGCUCGCCCUCGAAGAGUUUGUUAGACAAGUAAGGGAGACUUGGCAAAGCUACCCGCUUGACCUGGUGAAUUAUCAGAAUAAGUGCCGGCUCAUUCGGGGCUGGGAUGACCUGUUCUCCAAAUGCAGUGAGAAUUUGAAUUCCCUUCAAGCUAUGCGGCACUCCCCAUAUUACAAAGAGUUUGAGGAAGAAGCCUCAUCAUGGGAGGACAAGCUAAAUCGCGUCCAUGUUCUGUUCGAUAUCUGGAUCGAUGUUCAAAGACAAUGGGUUUACUUAGAAGGCGUCUUCACCGGAAACAACGAUAUCAAACACCUUCUACCCACCGAGUCCAGCCGAUUCUCCAACAUCAACACAGAGUUUUCUGCCGUCAUGAAGAAGGUCUAUAAGUCUCCAUUUGUCAUGGAUGUGCUUGCCAUUCCUGGUGUACAGAAAUCCUUGGAGCGGCUAGCAGAACUCUUGACCAAGAUCCAGAAGGCCUUGGGCGAGUACCUCGAACGGGAGCGAGUAUCAUUCCCUCGAUUCUACUUUGUUGGUGAUGAAGACCUGCUUGAGAUCAUUGGCAACAGCAAUGAUAGCAGCCGCGUCGCAAAGCAUUUCAAGAAGAUGUUUGCUGGGAUAUCUGGCGCCGAAGUGACCGAUGACAACACGAUCGCGGCCAUUACUUCAAAGGAAGGCGAGGUCGUCAGGCUGAAGAAGGAGGUUUCUCUCAUCAAACUCCCGAAAAUCAACGAUUGGCUUACAGCUCUCGACACCAAUGUUAAGCAGACCUUGGCUGAAUUACUUGCCGAAGCGGCCACUGCUUUCAGGCCGUUGUUUACUGCUCCUGAACUAGAUGUCAAUCAAUUCCAAGAGUACAUGACGCGAUUCCCGGCCCAGAUAAUGAUCCUCGCCGCCCAAGUUGUAUGGACCGAACUUGUUCAAGGAGCACUUGAAGGUGGUGGCCAAGAAUUACCAAAGCUUCACGAGUAUGAAGUCCGUCUGCUCGACGUUCUGGCCGAGAGCGUGUUGCAAGACCUCCCGGCCUUGACUCGCAAGAAAUGCGAGCAUUUCAUUACCGAGGCUGUUCAUCAACGAGACGUCAUUGCAAAGCUCAUAAAAGCGGAAGCAAAUACACCGGGACACUAUCUCUGGCUUCUGCAAAUGCGGUAUGUUUAUGACCCCAAUGCAGAUCUAAUGAGCCGCCUUCGCAUCCAAAUGGCGAAUGCAGACCUGGAUUACGGCUACGAAUACCUUGGAGUGCCAGACCGCCUGGUUCGGACACCACUAACUGAUCGAUGCUUUUUGACACUUACACAAGCACUUUGCCAGCGACUUGGGGGUUCACCAUAUGGUCCUGCGGGAACUGGGAAAACUGAGUCAGUCAAAGCCCUAGGACUUCAACUGGGGCGCUUCACUUUGGUGUUCUGCUGUGAUGACACUUUCGACUUCCAAGCGAUGGGCCGCAUAUUUCUAGGGCUUUGUCAAGUAGGGGCUUGGGGAUGUUUUGACGAAUUCAAUCGUCUUGAAGAAAGAAUCCUCUCGGCUGUGUCGCAACAGAUCCAAAAUAUUCAGAUUGGUCUCAAAAACACCACCAACGAACAGAAGGCACAAAUCGACCUGGUGGGCCGUCGCUUCAGAGUCAACCCAAAUUCUGGCUUGUUUAUCACAAUGAAUCCCGGUUAUGCUGGCCGUUCUAACCUGCCGGAUAACCUGAAGAAGCUCUUUAGAAGUGUCGCAAUGUCAAAGCCAGACAAGGAGUUAAUCGCUGAGGUCAUGCUUUUCUCGCAGGGCUUCAAGCAAGCCAAACAUAUCUCGCACCAGGUCGUGCCCUUUUUCGAUCACUGUGCACAGCGACUUUCGAAGCAACCUCAUUACGAUUUCGGUCUGAGAGCACUGAAAAGUGUCCUCAUUAGCUCCGGCGGUCUCAAGAGAGUGCGUAUGCAAACUCCAGAGGGGCUUCCAGGAGACGAGAGCAUCAUUGAACCGCAAAUCAUUGUGCAGAGCAUUCGAGAAACAGUGUCUCCAAAAUUGAUCAAGCAAGACGUCGAAACCCUUAUUGAAGUCCAGGCAGAAGAUUUCCCCGGCGUGGAAUAUGUCCCUGCAAGCAUGACCAAGCUGAUGGAGGCAAUCAAGCAAGUGAUGCAAGAACAGCACCUCACCGAAAGCGAGGCUUGGAUGACGAAGAUUCUCCAGUUGUAUCAAAUUCAAAACAUCCACCAUGGUGUGAUGAUGGUUGGACAAUCUGCCUCUGGUAAAUCUGCCAUCUGGAGAGUUCUGCUCCAAGCCUUGCAGAAAGUGGAGGGCAUUGAAGGUGUGUAUCAUGUAAUUGAUCCGAAGGUCAUGUCAAAGGAAGCACUCUAUGGCAGUCUCGACAGCACGACGCGGGAGUGGACCGAUGGCCUGUUCACCGCCAUCCUGCGCAAGGUCGUUGACAACCUUCGUGGUGAAGACAGCAAGCGGCAUUGGAUCGUCUUUGACGGAGACGUCGAUCCCGAAUGGGUAGAAAACCUGAACAGCGUUCUCGACGACAACAAAUUACUCACCCUGCCGAACGGUGAAAGACUGAACUUGCCACCAAAUGUUCGAAUCAUGUUCGAAGUCGAGAGUCUCAAGUAUGCCACGCUUGCCACGGUCAGCCGUUGUGGCAUGGUGUGGUUCUCCGACGACACAGUUAGCCCGUCCCUCAUGAUAGACCACUUUCUUCAGAAGCUCGCGGACCGAACGUUUGAGGACCUGGAUGAUGAGAUUAAAGCAGCUGGCCUCAGUACGAAAGCUCAAGAGACACAGCGGGACGUGGUCGAGACCUUGAAAGGGUUGAUGCAGCGCGAUGAUUUUCUUCUGAAAGCACUGUCAUCAGCGGCAGGCCACAAGCACAUCAUGGAGUUUACAACAGCCAGAGCGCUCGGCAGUCUGUUCAGUCUGCUGGCUAAAGGAUGCCGCACCAUUUUGGAGUACAACAUGAAUCAUCCCGAGUUUCCCCUGGAUUUGGAGCAGACAGAGGCUUUCAUCUCGAAGAAGCUUCUAUUGGCAAUUGUCUGGAGUUUCGUGGGCGAUGCGUCUCUCAGCAUCCGUAAGAACUUCGGAGACUUCCUGUCCUCGAUGACGAACGUCGACCUCCCCACCCUCGACAGCUCUACUUCGCUCAUCGAUUACGACGUGACCCUGCCACAUGCUCAAUGGGUGCCAUGGCAGGCUCAAGUACCGACGGUUGACUUGAACACGCAUUCAAUCACCCAGACUGAUGUUAUCAUCCCUACGAUCGAUACUGUCCGCCAUGAGGACGUCUUGUAUUCGUGGUUAUCGGAACACAAACCUUUGAUGCUGUGUGGUCCACCUGGUUCUGGUAAAACAAUGACUCUCUUCAGUGCCCUCCGCAAACUACCCGACAUGGAGGUUGUUGGUCUCAACUUCUCAAGUGCAACGCAGCCAGAGCUUGUCAUCAAAACAUUUGAGCAAUACUGCGAGUACAAAAAGACCCUCAAUGGGAUGGUACUGUCCCCCACCCAACUGGGGCGGUGGCUGGUCAUUUUCUGCGACGAGAUCAAUCUUCCCGCCCCUGAUAAAUACGGAACCCAGCGCGCUAUCAGUUUCCUGCGACAGCUCGUGGAACAAAAUGGGUUUUGGCGCCCUACUGACAGAGUCUGGGUCACCUUGGAGCGUAUUCAAUUCGUCGGCGCCUGCAAUCCACCUGAAGAUGUGGGACGUCAUCCCAUGGGUGACAGAUUCCUGCGACACGCGCCCGUGGUCAUGGUUGACUAUCCCGGCGAGGUCUCCUUGGCCCAGAUUUAUGGCACCUUCAACAAUGCGGUUCUCAAGGUGGUGCCCUCAUUGCGAGGAUUUGCGGAGGCGCUAACACACGCCAUGGUUGAGUUCUACCUGAAGUCUCAAGCUAGAUUUACGCCGGACAUCCAGCCUCACUAUGUUUACUCGCCUCGAGAACUGACCCGAUGGGUCCGCGGCAUAUAUGAGGCUAUAGCCCCUCUUGAACACCUCUCCCUGGAGGGACUGAUUCGAAUCUGGGCGCACGAAGCAUUGCGGUUGUUCCAAGAUCGACUCGUUGAACAAGAGGAGCGGGCAUGGACUUCUGAUAUGAUACGACAGACCGCCCUGGAACACUUUCCAACUGCUGAUAUUGACCAAGCUCUACAGGGGCCAAUCCUGUUCUCUAAUUGGCUUUCGAAGAACUAUGUCUCUGUUGAGCAAGAACAAUUACGUGAGUUUGUCAAGGCACGCCUCAAGACAUUUUGCGAGGAAGAGGUCGAUGUCCCUCUAGUGCUGUUCAAUGAUGUCCUCGAACAUGCUCUGCGCAUCGACCGUGUCUUCCGACAACCACAGGGCCAUCUCAUCCUAAUAGGCACCAGCGGUAGUGGCAAGACCACCUUGUCCAGGUUUGUAGCCUGGAUGAAUGGUUUGACCAUCUUCCAGAUCAAGGUUCAUGGGCGAUAUUCAGCAGAAGACUUCGAUGACGAUUUGCGGGGUGUUCUCCGCGCGUGUGGCUGCAGAGGCCAAAAGAUUUGCUUCAUCAUGGACGAAUCAAAUGUCCUGGACUCUGGUUUCCUAGAGCGGAUGAAUACUUUGCUUGCCAACGGAGAAGUACCUGGUCUUUUUGAGGGAGAUGAGUAUUCUGCUCUUAUGACAGCCUGCAAGGAAGGCGCUCAACGACAAGGUCUUCUCCUGGAUUCGCAAGAAGAGCUUUACAAGUGGUUCACCCAGCAGAUUGUGCGCAAUCUACACGUCGUGUUCACAAUGAACCCCCCACAGGAUGGUCUCUCCUCCAAGGCAGCUACUAGCCCUGCCUUGUUCAACAGAUGUGUUCUCAACUGGAUGGGCGAUUGGUCAGAUCAAGCUCUCUUCCAAGUCGGCUACGAACUGACACACUCGAUCGACCUUGACAAGCCAAAUUUCUCCGCCCCUGACAGCAUUCCUGUCGCAUAUCGUGGUCUCUCGCUCCCUGCCUCGCACCGCGACACUAUUAUCAAUGCAAUGGUGCACAUACACUACUCAGUACAGAAGACCAACGAACGGUUGGAGCGUCAGCAGGGCAUCGUUACUUAUCUUACUCCUCGGCAUUAUCUAGAUUUCGUUACGCAAUUUCGCAAACUCUUCAGGGAAAAACGUGAAGAUCUGGAAGAACAACAACGACAUCUCAAUGUCGGUCUCGAUAAGCUUCGAGACACAGUCGAUAAAGUACGCGACUUGAGAGCUAGCCUGGACCAGAAGAAGCGUCAGCUGGAGCUCAAGGAUGCCGAGGCGAAUGAAAAGCUCCAACGAAUGGUUGCAGAUCAGCGAACCGCGGAAUCUCAGAAAACCACCUCCAUUGAGAUACAAACAGAGCUGGAGAAACAAGAGAAAGAAAUCGCGAGCCGGAAGGAGAUUGUGCUAGAAGACCUAGCCAAGGCGGAACCCGCGGUCAUUGAAGCGCAGCGAAGCGUCAGCAACAUCAAGAGACAACAUCUCACCGAGGUGAGAUCGAUGGCCAAUCCUCCAUCUGGUGUCAAGCUUGCUUUGGAAUUGGUUUGCACCUUACUUGGUCACAAAGUCGAUAAUUGGAAGGCCAUUCAAACUGUUGUUCGACGAGACGAUUUCAUUGCAAACAUCGUCAACUACGACAACGAAAAAGAUAUGACACCAAGCUUACGGCAGAAGAUGCGGCACGACUUCCUGUCCAACGAUGACUUUACAUUCGAGAAGGUUAACCGUGCAAGCAAAGCAUGUGGACCUCUGGUACAAUGGGUGGAAGCCCAGGUCAAUUACUCUGAGAUUCUAGACCGCGUGGGACCUUUGCGAGCGGAAGUAGAGCAACUUGAGGACAAAGCUCUCCAAACCAAGGCAGAGGCCAAAGCCAUUGAGAACAGGAUCCUCAAGCUGGAGGAGAGCAUUGCAACCUACAAGACAGAAUAUGCUGCCCUGAUCAGUGAAACCCAAGCAAUCAAGAGCGAAAUGGCACGAGUUCAGACGAAGGUAGACCGCAGUCUACGUCUGCUCGACAGUCUGUCUUCCGAGCGUGUCAGAUGGGAGGCAGCCAGUAAGUCUUUUGAGACGCAAAUCCAGACCCUGGUUGGGGACGUGGUCAUUGCAUCGGCAUUCCUGGCGUAUGGAGGUCUCUAUGACCAACAGUUCAGAAAGACCAUGGUCGAUGAUUGGAUGCAUCACAUGUCGCAGUCUGGCAUUUCUUGCAAGACUGAUGGCUCAGUUCUUGGAUACUUGUCGUCUGCUGACGAACGACUGCAAUGGCAGCGCCACUCUUUGCCAGCUGAUGACUUGUGCAUGGAGAAUGCCAUCAUGCUCAAGCGCUUCAACCGAUAUCCAUUGAUCAUCGACCCACCCGGCAGGGUGACGGAAUUCUUGAAACAAGAGCAUCAAGGGCGGAAGCUGACAGUGACAAGCUUCUUGGAUGACGCCUUCACCAAGCAACUUGAAAGUGCUUUGCGUUUUGGCAAUCCGAUCCUGAUUCAAGACGCCGAAUAUCUGGAUCCUAUCUUAACCCAUGUCUUGAACAAGGAAUACCAGAAGACUGGUGGACGAGUGCUUAUCCAACUUGGCAAACAAGAGAUCGACUUUUCAGAGCACUUCCAAUUAUAUCUAUCCACUCGGGACCCUUCAGCGGCCUUUGCCCCUGAUGUUUGCAGCCGGACUACCUUCAUCAACUUCACCGUUACCCGCAGCAGCUUGCGAACACAGUCUUUGAACGAGGUUCUCAAAGCCGAGCGUCCAGAUGUCGACAAGCGAAGAACAAACUUGGUCAAAAUGCAAGGAGAGUUUGACACAAACCUGCGGCAACUGGAAAAGAGACUUUUGCAAGCUCUCAACGAAUCUCGGGGCAAUAUUCUUGAUGAUGACAAUGUCAUUCAAACUCUCGAAACGCUCAAAAAGGAGGCCGCGGUCAUCACAAAGAAGGUGGCAGAAACGGAGGGAGUCAUGGCAGAAGUCGAGCGCAUUACACAAGGCUACAGCCACAUUGCCAACGCCUGCAGUGCCAUUUUUGCCUUGUUGGAGCAGCUUCACCACCUCAAUCAUGGGUAUCGGUUCUCGCUGCCAUACUUCAUCGACAUAUUCAACUCAGUCCUCCAUAACAACCCACAUCUUGCCAACAAGACAAAUCAUGAAGAACGUGGCGAGAUCAUCCUGAAGGACAUAUUUGUUGAGACUUAUCGACGAACGGCCCUAUCUCUGUUGCAAAAGGACCGCAUCACACUGGCAAUGCUGUUGGUCCGCGCCUCCCCAUACAGCUUUGAUCGAUCUGCCAUGGAAUUGAUAUUAGAAGACCGACCGCACUCCCGGGGCACUGUACCCACGGACACUCGCGCUGAGGACGUGUUGGCAGCUGUCAAGCGAAUUCCCGUUUUCAACAGCGACAAGGUCGACCCCUCAAGCAAGAAUUGGUUGCAGUUUCUCUCGGCCGAACGUGCAGAGCACUGUGUUCCCACCAUUUGGAACGAUACCGACAGCGUGAUUGAUCAAAACCUCUACAAAUUGCUCCUUGUGAAGCUGGUCCGACCGGACAGGUUUUUGCCCGCAGCUCAAACACUAGUCGCAGGUGUUUUUGGACCCGAAAUCUUCCAGGGUACUGAUGACCUAGCAACGAUUGUCAACCAAGUCAAUUCCUCGAUCCCAAUUGCACUCUGCUCCAACCCCGGGUUUGAUGCAAGCUACAAAGUCGAUGCCCUUGUGGAGAAGCAGAAUGCAAACUGCGCCAAUGUUGCGAUGGGCUCUGAUGAAAGCGUUGCAAGUGCUGACAAGGCCAUCACCAGUGCCGCCGCAAAUGGUACAUGGGUUUUGAUCAAGAAUGUCCAUCUCGCGCCUCAAUGGCUACAGACUCUAGAGAAGCGCCUCUCGGCACUCAAACCGCAUAACGACUUUAGGUUGUUCCUCUCCAUGGAGUCAAGCCCCAAAAUACCCGUUAACCUGCUCCAAGCCUCCAGAACGCUCGUCUAUGAGCAACCAGCGGGCAUGAGAGCAAAUAUGAAAGACACACUGACUGUGGUAUCCGACCGAGGCACCCGAACACCUGUCGAGAAGGGCCGGCUUUACCUUCUUCUCUGCUUCCUUCAUGCCGUACUUCAAGAGCGACUAAGAUAUGCCCCAACUCUCGGUUGGAAAGGACUUUGGGAAUUCAACGAUAGUGAUUACGAGUGCUGCGCUUUUAUCAUCGACGUCUGGAUUGAUGCAAUCGCGCAAGGAAGAUCGAAUAUCGCACCUGUCAAAUUACCUUGGGAUCUACUUCGAAACUUGAUUACCGAAAUGUACGGUGGAAAGAUCGAUGAUGAAGGCGACUUCUCAUUGCUCCGUGAGAUUGUCAGCAAAGUUUUCGACCCUGCAGCAUAUGAAAGUGACCAUGAACUGGUUUCCGCUCCUGACGAGGGCCAGGCACUCAAAGUUCCUUCUGGAACGACUAUCCGCGACUUCAUGAGCUGGGUGGAGCAACUACCUGAGCGAGAGCCCCCAGCGUAUCUAGGGCUACCUGCAAACGCGGAGAAACUAUUACUGAUGGGCCAAGGAAGAGAAACAAUUGGCAACCUUGCCAGGAUUACGGAUUUACUCGAGGAAGGAGAGCAGACCUUGUCGUAG